AUGGCUGCAAUGCUUUGGCCAUCCCCAUUUCUUCGAAACUACAUUCUUUGUUUCAUUUUCAUACCUCUUUGUUGCUCUCAGUCCAUUUCCCCUCAGAAUAUUGAAACUUCUUAUCCUUUUCCAUUGCCAUUUCAUGUCCCACUCACCAACAAUACUUCAGACAAUCUAUCAACCAUCUCUCGGCGCCCAUCGCCGCCACCGCCAUCACGUCCACCACCACAAGAAGCUGUGCAGCUACAACCAAAGCCGAUAACAAAGCACGUGUCCAAGAAAGCCACCAUUAUAACGGUGGUGGUUUCAACUGCAGCGGCUACCCUCCUACUUUCUUUGUGUCUCUUCUUUUACAUCCGAGGAUGCGUUCUUGCAGAACACAAGGAAGAACAAGAUGGCAGAAGUUCACAAUCACGGGAAGGUCAGGCUUUGGUGAGUCAGAAAGAAUUUACAAGAUUCAAUGGUAACUUUAAUGGGUUCAUUCUUGAAGAAAAUGGUCUAGAUGUGAUCUAUUGGAAGAACCCUGAAAGGAGAAAGUCGAAGAAAAAUGAGGAAGAUGAAGAUAUGGAUUUUGUAAAAGAGAGAGUCCAAGAAACUCCUUUGCUCACGUCUUCGAUAAAAAUGAAGGCUCGUGAUCACUCUCUCUCUAAUUCACAAACAUUGCCAUGGCUCCCUCCACCUUCACCAGCGCCUCUGAGGAAACCCCCACCACCGCCACCACCAAAGGCAGUUGCCAAUUCGGGACCAUCUUCAGCAAGGAAUGAUCAGACUAGAUUGAAGCCAUUACAUUGGGAUAAGGUUAAUACAAAUGUAGAUCAUGCAAUGGUGUGGGACAAGAUUGAUGGAGGUUCUUUCAGGUUUAAUGGCGACCUUAUGGAAGCUCUGUUCGGAUACGUAGCCACAAACAAGAAAUCGCCACCAAAGCAGAGUGGCAAUCAUGAGCAAACAGAAUCAUCAGGCCCCAACAAUGGCAGGCGAGAACAAAUCUCAAUCCUAGAUUCCAGAAGGUCGAGAAACAUUGCAAUAAUCCUUAAAUCCCUGAAUAUAUCUCGGCAAGAACUUCUUGAUGCUCUCAUGGAAGGGCAUGGCCUGGACUUGGACACACUGGAGAAGCUUGUGAAGAUCACUCCAAACCAAGAACAACAAUCCAAAAUCCUCGAAUUUGAUGGCAAUCCAUUAAAGCUUGCGGAUGCAGAAUCCUUCAUUUUCCACCUUCUCAAGGCUGUUCCAACAGCCUUCACUCGUCUAAACGCCAUGCUUUUCAGAUCAAACUUCAAGUCAGAGCUUAUUCGUCUCAAAGACUUUUCACAGAUACUUUGUGAAGGUUGCGAAGAGCUAAAGAAAAAAGGGUUAUUUACAAAACUAUUAGAAGCAACUCUCAAAGCUGGAAACCGAUUGAAUUCAGGAACAACAAGAGGAGAUGCACAAGCUUUCAAUCUCAAUUCACUCUUAAAACUCUCAGAUGUAAAAAGCACAGGCGGAAAAACCACAUUGCUUCACUUCGUUGUGGAAGAAGUAAUCAAAUCCGAAGGGAAAAAACGAUUCUCAAACACAAAUUCAAAAACACCCAUAUCGGAGAAGGAAAGAGAAAACGAAUACACCAUACUCGGAUUAUCAGCCAUGGAAUCACUCACCUCAGAGCUCUCCAACGUCAAGAAAGCAUCCACAAUCGACUACGAAGCCUUCAUUGCCAGUUGCCCCAACCUCUUGACCCAAAUUUCAAAAAUACGAAAGCUUCUAUCAAAGGAAGGAGGUGAAUACAAGCGGAAUAUGAUAGAUUUUGUCAAAUCAGCAGAGGAAGAACUUGAGACAGCAAGAAGAGAACAAAAAAGGGUGAUGGAGAUUGUGAAGAAGACGAAUGAGUACUAUGAAACAGGUGAUAUAGAAAAUCCACUGGGAAUAUUUGUAAUAGUGAGCGAUUUUGUGAGCAUGGUUAAUCAGGUGUGUAUUGAAAUAGGUGAGAAUCUAAAGGGAAAGAGUAAGAUGGGAAAUUUGAAUGCAUGUCCGCCAUUGAAGAGCUCUUUGAGCUCGAGGUUUCCAUGUUUGGCAGAGCAUUUCAUGUGUCGUAGUUUUUCAAGCGAUUUUACGGAUGACAGCUUCUGACUUGGAUUCUGCCUUUACUUUGUACGAUAAAUGAGAAUUUAUGAUGAAUUUUAGUAUUUUACGUC